AUGCUAGCCCGUUUCACUCCUGUAUUGCGUGUCAGAUCGUUCUCCACCUCCCGUGGCGUUCUUCAGCAGGCGAAAACGGGCUCUGAAGCCGCACUUUCCAGCUGUCCAGCCGGCACGGUCCUGAACUUGCAAAUCAAAAAGUCUGGCAAAGAACCCGUUGCUUUGGAAGACCACGAAUAUCCCGAAUGGCUUUGGAGCGUACUAGACCCAAAAGCACAACUCAAAAAGCUUCAGCAGGACCCUCUCAAGAUGCGCAAAAAACAGCUGAGAUCUGCCAACCGUGAUAAGAUCAAACAGAGUAACUUUUUGGCCAAAAUGUAA